UAUAAAGGCCAGCAUUGGGCUCUUCUUUUCUGGUCGAAGACAGAGUGAGAGAUGAUGACGAGGUUGGGAGCCAUCGUGGCCGUGCUGCCGCUGGUGGCAUUGCAGAUGAGUGCAUGGGCAGCGGAGCUGCAACCACCGAGGAGGCGGUGGAACACGACGUGCAUUCUGGUGUUCGGAGACUCGACCGUGGAUCCCGGAAACAACAACAGACUGGCGACGGACUCCAAGGCCAACUUUCUGCCGUACGGCAAGGACUUCUUCAAUGGCCGACCCACCGGGCGGUUCUGCAACGGCAGGCUUGCCACUGACUUCAUCGCUGAGGCAUUUGGUAUUUCAAAGAGCGUUCCAGCUUUUUUGGACCCAGAUCUCAGUCCAGAGCAGCUUCAAUAUGGAGUUAGUUUUGCAUCAGCUUCUUCCGGAUAUGAUGAGUUUACCGCUUCAAUUGCAAAUGUGCUACCAUUUUCCAAGCAGUUAGAAUAUCUGAUGCAUUAUAAGAUCCAUCUCAGAAGGAAGGUUGGACCAGCAAAAACAGAGCAGACUCUGAAGAAUGCUCUCUUUGUAGUGAGUGCCGGUAGCAACGAUUUCAUCCAAAAUUACUUUCUGUUUUCUAAUCGGUCAGGGCAAUUCACAGUGCCAGAGUAUGAGGACUUCUUAAUCACACUCAUGUUUAAGAAUAUCAAGGAAAUGCAUAAACUUGGGGGAACAAGGUUCCUUGUGGUCGGUCUUCCUCCAAUGGGUUGUCUCCCACUUGUUAAAACUAUUGCAAACACUCAAAAAUGUGUGAGUAGUUACAAUGAUGCGGCCAUAUCAUUCAACUCAAAGGUAGUAGCACAAGUGCAUGCCCUAAAGGAGAUAUCAGGAGUGAGAGCUUCUUAUCUAGAUAUUUAUAGAAUCAUAAGCGACGCCACACAGAAACCCAAGAAGUAUGGAUUGGUAGAGGCAUCAAAGGGAUGCUGCGGUUCAGGGGUGGUUGAGGUUGGGGAGACAUGUAAAGGCCUACGCACGUGUAGUAAUCCAAGCAAGUACUUGUAUUGGGAUGCUGUUCAUCUCACUGAAAGAAUGUAUCAGAUUAUUGCAGAUGCAGCAGGAAGUAUCAUUGCCAAGGAGGUUUUGAGUUGAUGAAGACAUUCUAUAGUUGUGUUGUAGUGGUGCAGAUUGUAUUGCUAUUGCUGCUGCUUUUCUUUUUCUCCUGCUUGCUUUUGCUGCUGGUAAGAUUACAAGCAGCAAAUCUAUGUAUGUGGAUUGGCUAAUACAAUGUUUUCUAGGCUCUGAAUGAG